GAUCUCUGACCUUUAAGUAAAGUGAAUUCCAAAGGCAUCCUUGUUAAAAAGAAUGCAUUAUGAUGUGUAUAUGAAUCUGAAAGACAAUGUUUUCACACAGUUUUUUUCAUAUAUCAGGAACAGAAAAAAAAAAAAAAAAUCUAUGAUAAGCACAGAUCUUUUUGUCCUCUUUAAAUAGUCAUAAUUUCUCCUGUUCAUAUAUUUCUUAAUGAACUUGAAUAAGAUUAUAUGAACAUGCUUAUUACAGGUGAAAUCCAAAACUUAGAAUGGAAACUAUCGAAGUCAUCUCAACCGACAAAGCUACAGUUGUCAUCCAAGUGAAUCCACAGGCGGAUCAAGACAGCACUGUUUUUGUUGAUGGACAGAAGGCCAGAGGAACAAGUCACAAUGCGGCUUUUGAAGUAUUUUUCAAAGCACAACCAAAGGCAUUAGGGACUGUCCAGAUAAUGAUUGGAGUGGUGAUCUUCUUUAUUGGUAUUAUUUUCACCAUCAGUUACCCUGCUAUUGUUGUCUUCAGUGGAAUAACCUACUGGGGAUUUUUCAUCUACAUCAGUGCUGGAUCUCUGUCUGUUGCUGCACAGAAUAAACUCAAUCUGUGUGUGGUGAAAGCCUCUCUUGUAAUGAAUGUGAUCAGUGCUAUAACUGCAGGACUCGCCAUUCUUCUGCUGUCCAUAGAAUUAAUAGUGAUGCAUCCAUGGUUUUAUCCUGAGAGUCAUCAGAGAGACCAGCACAGUGAUUGA